UACUUGAAAUUUUGAAGAUACUUCAUAAAAUUUUAUAAAACUAAACAGGUUUCUCACUAGAAAAAACUUCCAUUCUAUACAUGUAAGCGACCUUAAGUGAGCAACAAUGGUGGUGUGCCAGUUUUUCUUAAAAGGAGAUUGUAAAUUUGGAGACAGAUGCCGGAAUGAGCAUCCAGGAGGAAGACCAUCACAAAUAAGUGUCUUUGGAGGAGGAGGAGGAGGAGGGAGGACUGGUGGUUUUGGAGGAGGAAGUGGAUUUGGAGGCGGCAGUGGUGGUGGUGGUGGUAACUUUGGUGCAACAAAUAAAAACAUCUGUCAGUACUUCUUAAGAGGCACUUAUUGUCGAUAUGGCAACACUUGCAAAUUUGCUCAUACCAAACCAGCUGCAGGACAAGGAAUAUUUGGAAAUAAAAAUACACCUUUCAACAGAAAUCAGAAUCGAUUUGGUGUUCUUGGUAAUGAGGUAAACAUGGGAACAGGUGUACAGCAGAGUAGUUUUGAUGGUAACAAGCAACAACAUUCAAGUACAGAAGCCAUUCUGCAAAAUCCAACACAAAUGAAUCAAGUCCAACAAUUUGUAAAGCGUGACAUGGAAGCUUGGGAGACAAGUAAGCAGUGGCCAUUAUCGUGUUAUACAUACCUCAAGGAUGAACCCUGUUUAUUAGGUCUAGUGGACUUUUCGCCUGAGGAAAUUAGGAAGGAAGCUUAUGAUGCUAAAAUAGGCAACAAGGUGUCAGUAUAUGAACAAGGACUGAAAAACUUGUUGGAAAGGAGUAGACAAAGGAGAUUGGAACUGAAGAAUAUGGAAAUGCAUCAACUGCAAACGGAGAUCAGGGCUUCUGUAUCAAAACAAUCUGAAUCUCAAGGUGCAUCCAGUAUGAGUCUUCAGUCAGCUGGCCAGUCAUCAAACAUGUCUAGUGGAUCAGCGGCAAUGAGCCAAUCACAGGGGGUGUUUGGAUCAGCUGCUAAUCAGAGUAGGGGUCUGUUUGGAUCUGCUUCUCCUACACAACAACCCAUGGGAACUGCUUUCGGAUCAUUGCCAGGAUCAUCACCAAUGACAUCAAAUCAAGCUAACGCAGGAAUGUUUGGUAGCACAAGUCCAUCACAGCAUUCAAGUCUCUUUGGAGCAUCCUCAGCAUCUCAAAACACCAAGUUAUUUGGUACAACCAGCACAAUGAACUCUGGUAAUGCAUUGUUUGGAGCACCCAGUAGCAACAAAAGUCCAUUUGGGAAACAACCCAAUACUGGAACUGGUUUGUUUAAUGCUGGAAACAGUCAGCCAGCCAUGAAUGUAUUUGGAAAUCAAUCAAGUGGUCAGACAAGCAGUACAUCAGGGGUUGCAGCUUCUACUUGUCCACUGACAUCCUCCGAACAAGACAUUGCUGCAUUUAAGGCAGAUAAGUUUCUACUAGGACAGAUACCAGAAUGUCCCCCACCACCAGAGUUAUGCACUUAGAAUAUCUUAAAGGGCAAGUCCAGCUACUUUAAAGUCAAUGUUUGCCCUUACCAAGAAACAGUGGUAAACUAAAGGCCAAUUUGAGUUACUUUGGUUACAGUGGUUAACUUAAGGGGAGGGGGGAGGAGGGAGGGAAGGGUGUUGUUGGCUUUAAUUCCCAUCAUAGUUUGAAAAUUUGAAGAAAAAAAAUUUUUAUUGAAGAUACCAUGUCUAGACCUAGCCACCUAUGCAGACACUAUGCAUCUGAGAAAAGCAUUGUAUGAUGGCCCUAAGGACAUCUGUAUAUUAUAUAUAGGAGAUGGGAGCCGUGUUGUGUGAUGACUUAACUGCAUGAGGACAUCUCCAUAGGAGACUAACUCAGACCUCCCUAUAAACUUGAACCAAAUUCAGCAAUAUAUGUAAAAGGAUUUUCCUUAAUAUGGGACCUAGUUGUCUAGUAUUAUAAUGAAAAAUGCUUGCCAAUGCUUGCCAAUGAGUAUAAUGUACAAAUCCCAAACAGUGUUUUAUCAGGUUUAAAAGCAUGAAGCGUAGCCGUUUAUUAAACUAUACUUCAUGAAUAAUUAAUCAUGAAUAAUUAAUGAGCUUUUAGGGUCCUUAUUCAUGACAUGCUCUUGUACUCUUUUGGUCCUUUAUAAAGAUUUCAAAAUCUUUAAUAAAGAUAUCCAUGUUGAACUAUUAUCAGGUAUAAUAUAAAGAUCCAUGCACGUGAUGGAUUUAAAAGACCUGAUAGGUCUAAAUGCUCAUUAAUUAUUCAUGAAGUUUUGAACAAUAUAUUAAAGUACAGCUUACUAUAACACCAUAGAAUGUUUAUUAUUAUUAAUUUAUGACAAUAUCUACUGAUAUAUCAGCCAGCCUUAAAAAUCAUGUUAUUACAUCUAUCACAGAUAGCCAUAUCAUUAUAUUGACUAGCAGCAUAUUUAGAGCCAUUCUUCAAUGGCUUUCAUCAAUAAUCCCUAACUCUGCCUAGUGUCAUAUUACAUUAUAUACUGAACAUCUUCAGGAACUCAAGGGGUAAAAUUCUUUCACUUAUUUCUGGAAACGAGAAACAAGCAAGAGCAAGAGACAAACAUAAAAAUUAUUCUUAAAAUUAUUUUUAAAUUUAUUUAUCUAAAAUAUAUAUCACCACCAAAUGAAUUCUCAGGCAUUUUUCUUGAAUGUGUAGAUAAAGUUAAUUCUAAAAUAUACCAUACAUUUGGUGACAAUGGCCAAAACUCCUUCAAUUAGUAUUUCAGUAGCUCCUAAACUUUUUUAAAAGAACUAUUCUCAUUCUUCUCUUUCCUCCUCUUUUAUCUUCACAAUGUUGACUGGAAUAUCAGUCUUUUUUUCAACAAGCAUCUUGUUGUUUCUUUUAGCUUGACAAUGUUUUUAACUUCUUGGAGAUAGAAACCAUCACAUGCAGAUUAUCUUUACAUAAAUUAUACUAAUUUUUAAAUUAUUAUUUAUAAUAAUAUUAUAAUACAAAAGAGAAUACACUAAUAUGAACACCCUGAUAAUUUUGUCUUUCUAUGUGACCCAUAAAACAAUUAUUAUAUUGGCAUGACAUUCAUCUUACUCUGUUUUCAUUGGUACAAGCUACAUGUAAUACAAGCUAGUUGAGACAAAGUCGAGACAGGGAAAUCAUCCUAAUAUAGUCUAGACGUCAAUCAAAUAAAUCGUUAGAGCAUGUUGUAAAGGUACAUGGGAACCGAGAGAAGGUACGUACAUUGGGAACAAUUUAUUUGAUUGAUGACUGUCUAAUCCCCGAUUUCCAUGUUGCUACUAUUKUCUUCAGUAAGUAGCAAAUGAAUGAAAACAGUGUUAAGAUUCAUGUUUGUGCAUGCUUAUCAUACUUUCAGAUAUUCUGUUUCAUGGGUUAAAUAAUAUUCUUAAUUAAUUCCUUCAAAAUCUUUUCGUUAUCUCAACCAUGAAAUACUUUACACUGUUUACUUUUCAUUGAUUUCCUGGUUGAGACUGUCUUUUUAAUUGAUAUUCCAGCAUUGCUUAUCUUGACCAUUAUCUUUAUCUUUCCAUCUUGUCCGUCUGUCCAUCUAGAAAGUAGUGAAAUGCAAACAAAAUAAGACAAUAGAUAAUUCUGACUCCUCUUUAAUAGUUAUCAUUGGUAUGUCCCACCAGCUCAACAAAUUAGCUAGAAUAUCUCAGAAUUUGAAACUCUGAUUUCAGAAAAUUGGUUAAUUGUUAAUUGGUUAGGAAUUGUUUCAGUUAUCAUUUACUGUCCUGUAAAAAUAGAAUAAAAUUGUGUAGAUCCAGAAAUCAUCUAUA